AUGAUGAUUGCUCCGACACAGAACAACACUGCUAUCCCACAACACAACAUAGCACCGUCUGAACGCCUGGGCGGCCUUUUGCGCGUAACGUUCGACAAGCAGCCUACGGUCAUCCUCGAACAGGACCAGCUGGUCGAAAGCCCCGUCGAGUCGGAUGAUCACCCCUCCCAGCAUCAUGUGCGACCUGACAGUCCUUCUACACCACCAUCCUCUCCGCCUCCUCCGCCCAGACCAGCACCCAUGGAACUCCCUCCGUCGCCUCUUAUUCCUUCUCCACCGUUUGUCCUGCGUCAGCCUUUCCGCGGGCCUACCAUAGCUUCGCCACUGUAUACCACUCAAGGGUUCCCUCAGCCCAUUCCAGAGGAUGAAAUACGCUUUGUGCCGCCCCUGGUGGGCACAACGCCCAGCCUGCCCCGUUUGCCAUGUCAGAAGACAUCGAGCUUGCCGCGUGUCGAAGCGCAUACCAACGUUCCCAGCACACCCCCCAGCAGCAUUAAUGCUACUCACCGCGGUGUUUCUGACGUCAACCUCAGUUUCCUCAGGCGUCUGCCCAUAUUGUUCUUCCUUCUGGUGAUUUGGCUUGCCCAUCUACUGGUGUCCGCAGCAUCUUGCGCUUUCCAAGUGUGCCUCGGGCUCACGCUGGGGCACGUCGUGCUGCACGUCGCUUGGCCGCUGAAUGCAGCAUACGCAGUGGACGUCGGGCGUACGAUCGCCGCCGGUGCUGUCGGUGGCGCCGUGGUCGCCAUCCCAAUGUCGUUAAUAGUCUUCAUUCUCGGAUGCGUCGCACAUGCGCAGCGGCAGUUGCUUCGCCAACCGGACGAGGAAGCCGCAACUCUGAACAGAUCUGCAAAACCUCACACUACCGACUUGGAGGCGGACCUGGCGGAGGAGGCAGAGACGUCGGGACAGCUGGGUCUGUGGCGCUCGCUCCUGGUGUUAGUAUCUUACACGCUCGUAGGUGCGUUGGCGGGCCCUCUGGGCUCGUCGCUGCUAUGCGGUAGGAUGGGAGGAGAGAUCCUGAGCGGAGUACAUGCGAUGGCGGCGGGUGCGCUCGGGAUGUUCCUCCUCAGUGUCUCUGUCAUAUGCGGGAUGCGCGUGGAGGGGAAGAGGAUCGGGCAGGAUGUGCGGUGGGGCGUGAGGUGCUAUAUAUUUCGGGGCUGUCGAUGA